AUGGAUGAUACCACUCUCUUGCCAACAACUCCCACGAGAAUGUUAUCACGAUUAGUUGAUAUUGCUGAUUGGCUAGUGGUCGAUGGCACGACAAAACGGAAACGACGCCCGUAUCUGCACGAGUUCCUCCGGCGAUUGUUAGAUAAUCCAAAAUGUCAUGACUUGGCAACAUAUAUCGAUCCUCAAAAAGGCAUAUUUAAACUGCACAAACCAGAUACUGUUGCUGAUCUGUGGAAAUAUAUCAAAGGAAGAAAUAGUAAAAAGAGAAUGACCUAUGGCAAUUUCUCUAGAGGAAUCCGCUACUACUAUCCAAAAGAAGUAAUGAAUGCGAUUCCAGGCCAAUUUACAUAUUGCUUUGGACCGCAAUCGGGUUUUGGUAAAUUAUGGGGACCAUGUUCACAAUGA